AGUCUCAGCUGUAAAUGCACCCUGGUACUGCUCCCAGGGAGCCCAUUUCACCUUAGAGGCUGUGCACCUAUAGGCAUUGUCCACAGUGCCAUCUGCAUCUUCACCAGCUUCCCAGGGAGCUGUGUAGCUGGUGGAUCACUGCUGUGUCAGCAGCCCCAUGAUGCCUUGCUGAGCAAUGACCUGGGUUUACCCACCAUGCCUCAUGCGCUGCUUCCGUCCCGCUGGGCACAGAUAGCAGCUUUUCCUGAGGAGUCUGAUAAUUGCUAUUCCUUGACCAAACUCAUGUCAACUACCAACAGGACCACCUUCAACUGGACAGACAGCCGCAUCAUGGAGUGGGAGAAGUUUGCAGAGUUGUCUCGAUAUAAGCCAGAAUCCCAGAAGCCAACUGUGAAGGCUCUCCUGAUCAUGGCAUACUCAGUGAUUACGAUCAUGUCUCUCUUUGGGAACGUACUGGUGUGCCAUGUGGUCCUAAAGAACAAGAGGAUGCACUCGGCCACCAGCCUGUUCAUUGUCAACCUGGCGGUGUCUGACAUCAUGAUCAUGCUGCUCAACACACCCUUUACUCUGGUCAUUCUGAACCCACUCAAGCAAAGGAUGUCUCUGACAAAAGGAGCGCUGAGCAUCGCUGUGAUCUGGCUGCUGGCUGCCUGCUUCUCCCUGCCCCAUGCCAUCUACCAGAAGCUCUUCCAGUACAACUACAGGGAAGCCACUGUGCGGAGUCUGUGCCUCCCAGAUUUCCCUAAGCCUGCAGAGCUGGUCUGGAAGUACCUGGACCUGUCCACCUUCCUGCUCCUGUAUCUGCUGCCACUGCUUGUCAUCACUGCCACCUAUGCACACCUGGAGCUCAGAGCUCUACUGUGCAUGUGCCAGCACACACCUCGGCCCCGGGGCACCAUGCAGCUGCCCAUGGCCACAUCCUGCCGCAAGGCCUGGGGGAAGCAAGCAGGGUGUAUGAAGGGGCCCUCAUCAAACAGCAUUUGCUCCACUGUGCUUGUCCCAACAGCCAACACUGACCUGUGAGCAAGGACAACAAUGAAUAGUUUGAUACAAAUCUGAGGGAAGAACCUUCCAUCCAGGUGAACCUUGUCCAUAGGGAUUCUGCCAGAUAACUUAUACUAAAGCCUCCCAGCAGAGCGCUGGUGUAGCAGAAAUGCUAAGUCAGGGUUUGAAGCAGUGAUUGAGCACCUGGUGGGAAAGCAGGGCAAACCCAGGGGAGUCCAGGGGUAUGCAAUGUACCUGAGUAAUGGGAGGGAUGGAUCCAGACCUCGUUUAAGGGUUGGCAGUGAAGGUGAGGGUAUCUCUCUAGAGAUCCCUGUGUACUUGAGGCCUUCCAAAGGUAAGCAGCUUUUCUUUUUCUUUUUCUUUU